GCGGCUGGUCCCUGCGCACGCGCGUGGCGGCGGCGCCGGCGCCAGCCCCGAGUGCGCCCGGGCGGGGGCGGCCGUGCACGCUGCUGGGGCCCCGGCAUGGCGGUGCCCGCGGCGGCCAUGGGCCCUUCGGCGCUGGGCCAGAGCGGCCCCGGCUCGAUGGCGCCCUGGUGCUCGGUGAGCAGCGGCCCGUCGCGCUACGUGCUGGGGAUGCAGGACCUGUUCCGGGGCCACAGCAAGACGCGCGAGUUCCCGGCGCACAGCGCCAAGGUGCACUCGGUGGCCUGGAGCUGCGACGGGCGUCGCUUAGCCUCGGGGUCCUUCGACAAGACGGCCAGCGUCUUCGUGCUGGAGAAGGACCGGCUGGUCAAAGAAAACAAUUAUCGGGGGCACGGGGAUAGCGUGGACCAGCUUUGUUGGCAUCCAAGUAAUCCUGACCUCUUUGUCACGGCGUCUGGAGAUAAAACCAUUCGCAUUUGGGAUGUGAGGACUACAAAAUGCAUUGCCACUGUGAACACUAAAGGGGAGAACAUUAAUAUCUGCUGGAGUCCUGAUGGGCAGACCAUCGCUGUAGGCAACAAGGAUGAUGUGGUGACGUUUAUUGACGCCAGGACACACCGUUCCAAAGCAGAAGAGCAGUUCAAAUUUGAGGUCAACGAAAUCUCCUGGAAUAAUGAUAAUAACAUGUUCUUCCUGACAAAUGGCAAUGGUUGUAUCAACAUCCUCAGCUACCCGGAGCUGAAGCCUGUGCAGUCCAUCAACGCCCAUCCUUCGAACUGCAUCUGCAUCAAGUUUGAUCCCACGGGGAAGUACUUUGCUACAGGAAGUGCGGAUGCUUUGGUCAGCCUCUGGGACGUGGACGAGUUAGUGUGUGUUCGGUGCUUUUCCAGGCUGGAUUGGCCUGUGAGGACGCUCAGUUUUAGCCACGAUGGGAAAAUGCUGGCCUCAGCAUCAGAAGAUCAUUUUAUUGACAUAGCUGAAGUAGAAACAGGGGACAAGCUGUGGGAGGUGCAGUGCGAGUCUCCGACCUUCACCGUGGCGUGGCACCCCAAAAGGCCUCUGCUGGCGUUUGCGUGUGACGACAAAGACGGCAAAUACGACAGCAGCCGGGAAGCCGGGACCGUGAAGCUGUUCGGGCUCCCUAACGACUCCUGAGAGGAGAGGGCGUCGGGAGAGGAGGCCCCGGCAGAGGCCUUCGCUUGUGCAGUCAGUUUGGUCUGUCCCCCUGGCGUUGGUGGGCACCCUAAACGUGCGCAGAUUGGCAUACAUUACAAAGGUCUUUUGUCAGGCUGCCCAUUCCAGUUCCUUUCCUUAUUGUGCGUUUUAGCUGUUCCCAUUCUUCCCUUUCUAGCCUCAGUUCGCUGAUGAUGACUCUGCAGUGUGGGCGAAGGCCUCAGCGUGCUUGUCCUCAGGACCCCGUCUUCUCUGCUGUUGGGUGUGUGGGGGAUUUUGUUGAGCUUGAUGCUACUUGGACAAUACCUAGUUUGGAGGAAGGGCUUAAGCCAGGGUGGGAUGGGUAUGGAGGGUUUUUUUUUUAAUAAUUAAAAAAAUAAGUAUAUAUAAUUUUGAGAAUUGAGCAUUUAAUAAAACUGACCUUUUUAUUAU